ACUAGCCUUGCGCUCUUUGUACCGUCCUGGAAUAUAUCCAUCAGGACAAGAGCUUAUCUAGGCUAAGCUUCCUUAAAUUACCAGGAUUAGCUAGGCAGCAGAGGCCUUGCAGCCGAGAUCCCCGUUUCGGAUUCGCCCCUCCGCGCUUCGAUGAGUCAGGAUGACACCGAGGAGUGGGUUGUACGCAAGAGUAUCCCGGAGUUGCGGCAACUGUCGGGCUGUCAAGCGACGCUGUGAUCAGCAGCGUCCCCACUGUGGACAGUGCACUCGCAUGCGCGAAGAUUGUCCCGGAUACCGAGACGAAUGGGAUCUCAUCUUCCGCAACCAGACAGGUCACACCAUCAAACGGUUGAAGGAGAAAAGGGCUAACAAAGAGAAGACUAUUUUGGCUAAGGAUUACAAUUCUGGCCUAAAACCGCCCCCCAGCUUGAACCCCAGCCAUGAAGAACUAGGCGUCAAUUAUUUCCUCCACAACUUUGUUACCAGCUGUCAAUCUCCGUCGAGUGGAUAUCUUAACUACAUUCCGGCUCCCUAUACAGCCGAUGGCCACCAUCCCACGCUAGUGGCCAGUAUGGCAGCUGUUGGCCUCGUUACCCUAGCUAAUACAACUCGACAGCCUGUGCUAGCCAAGCACGCGCGCGUCAAGUAUUCCGAAGCAAUCAAUCAGGUGAACAUUGCGCUAGCGUCACCCGCCGAGUCGAUCAAAGAUAGCACCUUGAUGUCGGUGAUCUCCUUAGGACUGUUUGAGCACGUUUCAGACUUUGCGUCGUGGGCUCGACAUGUUCGGGGAGCUGCAGCGCUGGUGGUUGCCCGGGGCAAAGGUCAAUUUUCUACCAGGGCCGCAAUUCUCAUGUUCAACCAAGUCCGCGCGGAUAUGGUAGCUGCCUGUAUUCAAGGUGACCAACCGUUUCCGAAAGACAUGGCUGAGCUGCAGGAAGAAGCAAGCAAGCACGUGGACACCACGACUGUGUUCUGGCGCCUCGGAGUUGUGGCCACCCAGUGCACAAACCUUCUUUGGGAUGUCAGGAAUCGGGGGGAAAGUUAUUGGCCUGGAUUACUGGAACAAGCGACUGUUCUUCAGGCGGAGUUGCAGCAUAUUUUUGGGACCCUCUCGAUGAAAUGUCCCUAUACGACUUUCCGAAAGUCCGGUGGGGACCCAGCCGUUUUUUACAAGGACCGAUUUGACCUCUACCCGAACUCCUGGGCUAUCAGAGUUUGGAACAACACGCGGAUUCUUCAAACUACGGUUUGCGGCUGUAUGAGCUAUCUCUUAAACCAAAUUCUUGCCACAGACCUCGAACCGGCCGUCCAGCGACAUAUGGAGCUGCAGCUUCUAGACACUCUGGAAAUCUUGUCAAAGCUUGGAAAUGAUACGAUAGCCACUGUCCCACAGGCUUUGGGGGUUGUAUAUUCGCCGUCUGAGAUGAGUCACGCCAUCGAUGUUUCGUGCCACACUAAUGGUUCAGCCGGAUAUAUGUUGACCUGGUGUCUCUAUGCUGCAGGGAAUUCAUCAGUAGUAGACAGUGAAGCCCGGAAAUGGAUCAUUCAACGCCUCCAGGAUUUUGGCCACUUUGCAGGAAUCACACUGGCUUUGCAGCUUGUGGAGGACUUGAUUAGAAGAGAUCAACUCGUCAAUUGA